AUGGAGGGCCAAGCAGCCACAGCCCUGGCGAAGAUGGUGACCCCGGCGCCGGUGGCAUUGACGGACCCGUCGGGCGCGCUGGACAAGGAUGCCGUCACAAUCGGCCGCGUGCUGGAGGCCAUUUUCGUGAUGGCGGGGGACCGGAUGGUGGACCAGAGCGACGCGACGACCAUCCAGGUCGCGGAGACGUGCGCCACGGGGUCCCACACCACCAUCCCUGGAGGGGUGGCCACGGCGACACAGUCAGUGGCUGAUCAGAACACCCGCGCCUUGCGCGACGAGGACAAGGUCAAGCUCUAG